CGGCGGCGGCGGGCAGCGGCGGGCACCGGCGGGCACCAUGAUCGCUUUGUUUAACAAGCUGCUGGACUGGUUCAAGGCGUUGUUCUGGAAGGAGGAGAUGGAGCUGACGCUGGUGGGGCUGCAGUACUCGGGCAAGACCACCUUCGUCAACGUCAUCGCGUCAGGACAGUUCAAUGAGGACAUGAUUCCAACAGUGGGCUUCAACAUGCGCAAAAUCACCAAGGGGAAUGUGACCAUCAAGCUCUGGGACAUCGGGGGACAGCCUCGCUUCCGCAGCAUGUGGGAACGAUACUGCCGUGGAGUCAGCGCCAUUGUGUACAUGGUGGAUGCUGCUGACCAGGAAAAAAUCGAGGCCUCAAAGAACGAACUCCACAACCUACUGGACAAGCCUCAGCUGCAAGGCAUCCCGGUCUUAGUCCUGGGAAAUAAGCGAGACCUGCCAGGAGCGUUGGAUGAGAAAGAGUUGAUUGAGAAAAUGAAUCUGUCUGCCAUCCAGGACCGAGAGAUCUGCUGCUAUUCAAUUUCCUGCAAAGAAAAGGACAACAUUGACAUCACCCUACAGUGGCUUAUCCAGCACUCAAAGUCGCGGAGAAGCUGAGACCGCGGGCCCACCCUUGGCCAAGGAACAACCAUCCUCCAAACUCGAAGCUGAGCUCCUCACCUGCCCGUCCCUUCCCCUAUCCAACCCUCCCCGCAACCUGCCUCCUUUGCCUCCCCCAGGCAGGGGUCGGGUUAUCUGGGGAGCCCAGAGUCCUGUUCUGCUGAGGUUUGAACUCCUGUUUUUAUUGUAAAGAAACUCCCCAACUUCUCCCUCUUUCUUUCUCUGUCUUUCUCUCUCUCUCUUCCCCCAUUCCCUUCCUUGAUCCCCUCUCUCUCUGUCUCUGUCUCUCUUCACCCUUCCACCGCCGCCAGCCCCAGCUCCACCACUCCCCUGCUCCUGCUCUGACCCACCCAGCACUGUUCAGUUAUUGUCAUGUGUGUACAGUAUAUAUAUGUAUAUAUAUUUUAAUUUUUUAAUUUAAGCAACGACUAAAACCAUCGGGGCCUGCCGGGGUCAGGAACAAAGAGGGAGGAGGUGCAGGUGGAGGACAGGUUGAGGGAGGUGGUGGGCAUCGGAUGGAAAAGGCGGAGGCUGGUUUUUUAUGACUCUCUUCUUGGAUGAAUUUGUAAAUCCUGUGGCCUCCAGCCCCAGCUGUCAGAGGGGCCGGUGUAGGACAAGAGUAGGGGUGGCAUCUCUGGAUCCCCCCCAUGGGGUGACAGGGCCGUUGUGGCAGGCUAGGCAGGGCCUUGGAGCUUGCUCCUUUCCCCAGGCUUUGUCGUCGAAUGCUGUAAGUGUGGGGACGGGGAGUGGGAAGGAGCCGAUGGGCACAGGCCGAGUGCCAAAGUCCACUGAUCCAAAGGGGAAAGAUCCCACCCAGGAAUCCAGAAAGGCUCCCCACCCUUUCACGCAGCAUGAAUCGAGCCUGCCUUCUUCUUCUUGGUCCAUGAUCGUCUUGCUCCCAGCCCACUACCCGUGCUUUUUCCCUCCCUCCCCCUGCACCAGCCCCUCACUUUCUGUUCUCAUUUAGCAGAGUUGCACAAGGAGAAGCUCAACAGGGGCGGGUUUAGUUCGUUUUGGUUUUGUUUUUAUUUAAUGAAUUGUAAAGUGGCGUUCUCUUCCUUUUUUACAACACUUAUCCACUCAUAUUUGACCUCUGUUGGAAAAUGAUUCUUGUACCUGUAUAAUUUUUUGCCUCCUAAUAACAAUGAUAAUAAUAAUAAUAUCGAUGAGAAUAAAUGAACAAUUUUGUGUUGU